UUGACGAGCUGGAUGAUUUUCAGCCACUCACCAUACAGGUGCGCUCAGACAUUGGACGUGGAAAUUGUUUGAAGCAAACAGUGUGUGUUUACCCUUUGAAUAUGUUAUCAUGUUAGACUUGAUUGGCACCCCUCACUUCCACACAGCAGACUAUCUGGGACGCGAGGACACUUAAAUACGACGGAGCAACAAACUGGUGAAACAGACAAACGGCAAUAAAGAAGCGGCGGGUCUGUUUUCUGCGUUUAUGUUAGACGGUUGUUGCGGCGUGCGGCUGCAGAAGACACGGUUGUUUUGUUUUGUUUUUUUUAAUCGAGGGAAUUAACACUUGCGAAGACUCGGGUUCUUUGGAGUAUUUUUCAGUCUACCCUCCCCGUUUUAUCCAAGAGAUUUUUGACCAGUAAAAUGUAGCCUCUGCCUGACAGAUGUGAGGUAUCACAUCUGCAACCUACAGCGGGCACCCCCUCUGUUUACCUGCUCCUGAGGAGGACUGACGCUGCUGCUGCAGCAGCAACAUCUGCCACCUCAGACCCGAGAGGCUUCAGUUUGGAUGAUCAAGGAGCAGGAAACCUGCUACAUGAAGUACCUUAGAGACCAUGACACUUGCGAAGUUGCCUGCUUGAAAGCACAGCACUGAAGUCACUCACAUAACCAAUAUUUCAGCCCAUGGCACUAAUGAUGGUGAUGAUGAUGAUGAGGUUCCAGGGUGAUAUUUGACUGACAGGUGGUUCUCAGUCGAGCCUGCAAGGGACGAUGGCCCGCCCCGGACCAAGCUUGCUGCUGCCGGUUAAUGGGCUAGGAUACCCUCCUCAAAACCUGGCCAGAGUGGUGGUCUGGGAGUGGCUGAAUGAACACGGCCGCUGGAGGCCCUACAGUGCCGCGGUUUGUCACCAUAUUGAGAACAUCUUGAAGGGGGACGCCCGGGGAACUGUGGUUCUGGGCCAGGUUGAUGGCCAGCUCUCUCCCUACAUCAUUGAUCUGCAGUCCAUGCAUCAGUUUCGACAGGAUACAGGAACCAUGAGACCUGUGCAGAGGAACUUCUAUGAACCGUCCUCUGCCCCUGGGAAAGGCGUGGUUUGGGAGUGGGAAAAUGACAAUAGCUCGUGGACACCAUACGACAUGGAGAUCUGUGUGACCAUCCAGAACGCCUACGAGAAACAGCACCCCUGGUUGGAUCUGACCUCUCUGGGUUUCUGCUACCUCAUCGACUUUAACAGCAUGUCUCAAACAAACAAGCAGAGCCAGCGCAAACGGCGCCUUCGGAGGCGCAUGGAUCUUGCUUACCCGCUCAUCAUGGGUUCAAUCCCCAAGUCGCAGUCUUGGCCUGUGGGAGCCAGCUCUGGCCAGCCCUGCUCCUGCCAGCAAUGCAUCCUGGUGAACAGCACGAGAGCUGCAUCGAAUGCAAUCCUCGCCUCUCAGAGACGGAAGCUCUACGGCGGGGCGGUGGGCAGUACGGGUGCGACUGGGACCCUGACGGCAGUGCGGCAGAGUAACACCUUUGCUGGAACCUCCUUAUGGUCUCCAAACUCCUCUGGGACCAAUAAUAUCAGUGCAGGAGGUGGGCAAGCCAAAGGUGAACAAGUGCAGGUACCGCUAUCCCCAGCCAACUUCCCAUGUUCCCCUGUGAUGUCAUCCCAUGGCCAUGGCCAUGCCAACACCCUCGCCAUCAACGGGCAGAACAACCUGAACCGACCGGGCACCCAGCGCAUCUCUAUGGCCACUCCCAGAGGAACCAUCCCACCAGGGAUUCCUGCUCUCCCAGUGAAGAACCUGACUGGAUCUGGACCGGUACACCCAGCUCUCGCAGGUAUGACCGGUAUCCUGAUGUGCGCUGUAGGUCUGCCUGUUUGCCUGACUCGAGCACCAAAGCCCAUUCUGCACCCACCACCUAUCAGCAAGAGCGAUAUGAAGCCUGUGCCGGGGAUCAACGGCAUGCGACGCAAGACAAAGAAAAAGCACCUGAGGAAAGGGAAGACCCCAGAGGAUGUGGUCCGAAGAUACACUGAGAAAGUUAAAGUGGUGCCAGACGAGGACUGUACCAUCUGCAUGGAGAGGCUGGUAACGGCGUCAGGCUAUGAAGGCGUCCUGCAGCACAAAGGCAUCAAGCCAGAGCUGGUGGGCAAACUUGGCAAGUGCAGCCAUAUGUACCAUCUGCUGUGCCUGGUGGCCAUGUACAACAAUGGCAAUAAGGAUGGCAGUCUUCAGUGCCCAACAUGCAAGACCAUCUAUGGGGAGAAAACAGGCACUCAGCCUCCUGGGAAGAUGGAGUACCACAUCAUCCCCCACUGCCUGCCCGGCUACCCAGACUCCAAGACCAUUCGCAUCGUCUAUGACAUUCCUGCCGGUGUCCAGACCAUUGAGCACCCCAACCCUGGGAAAAAGUUCAGUGCCAGAGGUUUCCCUCGACAGUGUUACCUGCCAGACAACGAGAAGGGCAGGAAGGUACUCAAGCUGUUGAUCACCGCUUGGGACCGGCGCCUCAUCUUCACCAUCGGGACGUCCAGCACCACGGGCGAGUCAGACACCGUGGUGUGGAACGAGAUCCACCAUAAGACGGAGUUUGGCUCCAACCUGACCGGCCACGGCUACCCGGAUCCCAACUACCUGGACAAUGUCUUGACGGAGCUGUCCGCCCAGGGAGUCGGCGAGGACAACCUAAAGGACUGAGAGACACCUGAUCAGUCGAUAUGCAGGAACACCAAGCAUCACGCUCCACUGUCUCCUCGCUAAACGCUGGAUGAGGGGCCAACAUGCAGUCCCGCUACUCUUUCUCCACCGUAUGAGACCCUGCACAAGUGGUGGCAAACAAUUACACUGCUUGAUCUUUUUAUUUUGAUGAUCUUUCGCGUUAUGCCUGGAGCAUGCGGCGCCCUCCGAGGCUUUGAGGCACAUGCUCAGUGUCUGUCUUGAUGCCAGCAAAUAUGUCAGUGGCCUCUUUUUAGAGUCAAAGCGAAGCGUCUGCACAUGUAGCGCGACAAGGCGCCGUGAUGAGGCCACAUUUUUACGGCCCCAGCACAUUUGCAUAAUGAAUGUUGCGUGAAUUGCUGCAAUAAGAUGAGGUGCCAAUGAAGGACGGUCACCUCUCCCUUUUUUUCUAAAACAUCUAAUGUUGUAACACACGUUGAGACUUGUUUAUUUUUGAAGGAGAGGUGUUUGCUUUCGAAAAAAUACGAGUUGAGGUUGUGCCCCAUCUCUGCGAUAAGGGCUAAAAGAACGUGUAGUGCAUGUAGUAGAUUCCAGUGGACAAAGGCUUUAAAAUUAUUAAAUAUUUGCUAAUAAAUGUACGUGGUGGUGUUAAAUCUUGUGGGGCUGCCUUUGAGACAGAUAUUUGGAUGCUUGUUAAGAUAGGUUGGAGCGUACCAUUGCUACAGUUCCAAGGUUAACCUCAUUUGUUUUAUGGACACCUUGAUGAUGCUGACCUCUGAGAACAUAAAGUCCCCAUGUUAUCGUUCUCCUUGUUGGAGGAAUUCGGAACCUUGGGUGCUGCUGUGCAUGAAGGUUGGGGGGAGUUUGUGCAUCGAGCCGAUAAGAGCUUGGAGUUUUGACCUCAAGAGAUCCAUCUGGUGAAUCUGAAACUCUUGAUGCACCGCAUUGGACCACAGUGUCCAAAUGCUUUACUGCACCAAAAAAAGAACUAUUCACCCACCUCCAAGAUGUUAUGCCCUAGAGCUAAAGUCUUUUGAAGAUCCAUGUUGAAGUAUAUUAUAUAAAUAUAUAUAUAAUUUUAGGGAGGAAAGCUAGGUCAGCAUUGCAUAUUUUUUCCUGGAAUGCGUCUGAUCAGCUUUAAUUAGUGGAGUUGUUGGUUUCAAGUUGUUGUGGGCUUCAUUUCAGACUGAAUCGCAGUCUUCCAUAGCAAACUGAGGCAGUGUUGAAAUUGCAUUGGAAACAUGUUUGUUUCUAAAUCAGCUUGCAGUGCUUUGACACAUAAUGUGUUAUUUACAAAGGUGGUAUACCCUACAAUUCAGACUCAGUUUGGAAGUACGGUGUGUGUGUGUGUGUGUAUACACGUAUACCAUUUAUUUUUCUACUCUUCUAUAUAAAAGAACACAGACCACAUAUCUACACCAAGACCGAUGUCAACAUGAUUGUGUUGAAUGAUCUAUGACACGUUAAUGAUGUCUAAUAUAACAGGUAGUGUUAGCCUAUGCUACUCAUGUAAAAUGUGUGUAGUUGACUCAAAUAAAUGUCAAUGUACCUUUCAUUAGCGGGGGAGCUUAACUAGCAUGAGAUGUCAUCCCCCCACCCCCACCCCCAAAAGGGUCAGUGUUUCACUUCUCUUUAACAAAUGGGGACAAUAUUUAAA